AUGGUUGUGAUGGAGGAAAUCGUGGGACGCGCUGACGGACGCCCGCGAGAAGAAAACUCUGACAAGAGGCAGCAGCCCACCACAUGUGGAGCAAUAUUGACACAGUUGAGCAAUGUUCUUUGCAAUGGGAGCGAAGAUCCUGCCAUCAACGGCAAAGGGAAGGAGGUAGUGGAGGAGGCAGCCAGGUUGGUGAGGGAGUUGAAGGUCAAACUGGGGGAGGUGAUGCUGGCCAAGGUGGAAGACGCGACCGUGGCGACACGUGUACAACGCCAACCCGAAGGAGUGAAAGAAGCCAAACUGUCAUCAUGGGCCAAGGUCGCAGGACAGGGAAUUCCAGAAAAACCAGUGCCUAACCGAACCCUCCGCGAGAUUACUGUCCUACGCCGGGACUGCGAAGCCCUCCCAGCUGAGGAGGCCACCCCCCCAGCGAUUGUGGCAGCCGUCAACGCCAGAAUUGUGGAUGUGACAAAGGGAAAGGUGCUUGCAGCAAGAUGUCUCCCCAGUGGAGACAUCAUCCUGACAACCGACGCGAGGGAGACCAGGGAGGCCUUGACUAAGAGCAGCACAUGGCUGGAAGUCUUGGGACAAAAGGCGAAGGCAAAGCACACCCUGUACCCAGUCAUGGUUAAGGGAGUCCCAAUGGGCAACACCAACUGGAAGGAGGAACAGCAAGCCAUCAAGGCAAUUUACGCACAGAAUGAAGGACUCCGAAGAGGGGUACAAAUUGAGAGACUGUCUCUACGACGGAAUGCCAGCUUGCAGGCAAAGGUUGGGUCUCUUGUACUCAGCGUCACCUCGCCUCAGCAAGCCAACCUACUAGUAGACAAUGGAUUGAUAAUAGACAGCAUAUUUUGUGACGUUGAAAUCUUCCACCGGGAAGCGCAGGUCACCCGGUGCUUUAACUGCCAUGAGUAUGGGCAUACGGCCAGAUUCUGCAGGCAGGCCAAAAGGUGCGGGUUCUGCGCGGCAAAAGAACAUGACGACAAGGAAUGCCCAGCACGAAAAGCUGGGGAACAACCGAGCACCACAGAGCUCACAACCUGGGUCUCAGCUGCAGGAGGACCUAAUGGACUACACGCAGACCCCAGCCCCCACGCAACAAUGAGGGACACACUAAACCUCCUACAAUAUAACGUGCACAACUCUGCGAGAGUUAUGGGUGCGUUAUUGGCAGACCCUGCAACAGAAGACAAAUACGACGUAAUUGCAGUACAAGAGCCCAGCCGGAAUCCCCACAUGCUAGCAACACACUGCCCCAGAAGCUGCGGCUUCUGGCCAGCAUAUCACCCGGAAACACGCCCAAGAGUAUGCUUUCUGGUCAACAAAAGGCUCGUAGAACACACAUGGGAGUGCCACUACCACUCAGAAUACAUUGCAGUGCUGACAAUCACCACCGACCUGGGUAAGGUGCAAAUAGUCAAUGUGUAUGCACCUCCUCCAGGGGGCUACAGCAGUGAACCGGAGGAAUCCACCAUAGGCCAGCUGCAGGAGGUAGCCGGAAUGGGCACAGAUGCAGAGCUGGUCAUAUUAGGAGAUCUUAAUGUCCACCAUGAGAGGUGGGGAGGGGUGAGAGUGGAGAGAAACUUCCGCAUGGCAUGGCAGCUAAUAGCACAGGUGGAUAGGCUGGGUCUCCAGCUUGCCACACCUGUAGGAGCUACCACAUGGCAGGACAGAGGCAGCCCAGGAACGACUAUAGACCUCACCUUUCUAUCACCACUCCUGCACGACAAGCUCAGGAGGUGUGCAAUAGCGGAGGAGGCAUGCAAAGGAUCUGACCAUAAGCCCAUAGAAACAACACUGGAACUCACACCCAUCCCAAAGGAGGCUGAGAGACGAAACUGGAAGAAUGCGGAGCCUGAGGAGGUAGCAAGGGACUGCCAAAAGCUAUAUGUGCCACAAAGCCUGGACUCCAGGCAAGCAGUCAAGGAGUAUGCAGACUACCUGGUAGGAUUUGUAGGGACAUUAGCGGACAAACACGCCACCGUAAGUAAGGCUGGGUUAAAAUCCAAGACAUGGUGGUCACCGAGGGUGGCCAAGGCAGUGGAGGAGUACAAGCAGGCUAGGAGGUCCCAGCUCCCAGAAAUGGAGCGGCUCAGGGCACGCUGCAAGCGCAACAGAGAAAUCCACUUGGCUAAGACAGCAAACUUCAGAGAUCUGGUUGACAGGACCCGUGAUGACCCCAGAUUGAUGUGGGGACUAGCAAAAUGGGGCAAGGAAAGAAGCCAUCUGCCCCCACAGGCACCUACUGUUCCCCCCCUGAGAACAGGGGAAGGGGCUGACGCGACGGUAGAAACCUCUUUUGAGGGGAAGGCUGAGGCAUUACGACAACGGUUCUUCCCACAGCCAGAGCCCGCCGACUUAAGUGACACCAAUAUGGAGCUGCUGCAAGCUGAAAGGGAAGCGUCAAAUGACACCAUCAGUGUGGAGGACAUGGAAAGCCUGAUCCAGAGACUGCCAAACAGGAAGGCACCAGGGAGGAGUGGGAUCACCAACGAGUUCCUUAAGAUGCUGGGCAGAACAUUUGUGGAGGCCAUAACAGCUCUCACCAAUGCAUGCUGGCAUUGGGAGACUUACCCAGACACGUUUAAGGAAGCCAAGACAGUGGCCUUGCGCAAGCCAGGGAAGGCUGACUACCAGACUGCAGGAGCGUGGAGACCCAUUGCCUUGCUGGACACAAUAGGGAAGAUUGUGGAGGCAGCAACUGCAAAACGCCUGCGGAAGAUCGCGGAGGACCACAACCUGCUACCCUCACAGCAAAUGGGGGCAAGAAGGGGCAGGUCCACUGAAACAGCCAUAGCACAACUUCUAGCCCAGAUAAGGACAGUGUGGCAGCACCCAGGACAGGUGGCAUCGGUACUCUCCCUAGACAUGACAGGGGCCUAUGACAAGGUGCUGCGGGAGCGAAUGGUUCACAUCCUCCGGCGACUGGGCAUCCCCAGGGACCUGGUGGGAUGGGUUGCGUCCUUCAUGACCAACAGGAAAUCCACAAUUGCCUUUGAGGGCCAGGAAUCAGACACCUUUGACAUCCCAGCAGGCAUCCCGCAGGGGUCACCCCUAUCACCUAUACUAUUCCUAUUCUACAAUGAGGAACUGGUGCGCAUCUGCUCAAGACCGGGGCGCCCGGUGGUGUGCAUAGCCUUUGUGGACGAUGUCAACGUGAUGGCCUAUGGCCAGUCCACUGAGGACAACUGCAGGGAGCUCCUGCGCAUGCAUCGGGCAUGCGAGGAGUGGGCAGCACGGCACGGGGCGGUCUUUGCCCCCCAGAAGUAUGAGCUAAUGCACUUCACACGGGCGCGCAACCAAUUCAACCUACAGGCUGAGCUGAGACUACCAGGACAAACUAUACAACCGAAACAGGUGAUGAGGGUAUUGGGUGUAUGGUUAGACUCUAGGCUGAGAUGGAAGGGCCACCUGGACGCGGUGGCAGGCAAGAUGAAGACUCAAGUCAGAGCACUGUCCCAAACCACCCAAUCCACAUGGGGGCUCCCACUACAACAAGCGAGAAUGGUGUAUAACAUGGUCAUCAGGCCGGCCCUGACCUAUGGAGCAAUAGCAUGGCACCAGCCACAGGGGCAGGGGGGCACGGGUCCAGCUAAGUCAGGACUGGCCCUCAAGCUGACCACAGUGCAGAACUCCUGCCUCAGAAUAGUGGCAGGGGCAUACAAAAGAACCCCAACAAGCACACUGGAAGCGGAAACCCACACAGUACCCUUAGACAUCCACCUGGAUGGGCUAGUGGCAAAGGCGGUCAACAGGAUGAAGGCCUCAGGAAUGGCGCAACAAAUUGAGAAUGCGUGUGCGGCCCAUAAGGACCAGGCUUCGGCACCGGGGGGUGACAAGGGGGGCACAGAGACACAUGGGAGCUGUGGUUCACCCGGCAGCCCUGCCAGUGGACUGGGAACAGCAAUGGAUUCAGGGUGCUAA